CUGGACGCAGCGGCGGCUGGAGAGCGGACCGCCCUGGCGAAGGGCGCGGAGGAGGCUGCCAAGGUUGAGCGCUUGGCCUGGCAGAGUCGUUCUGAACGUCAGGAGGCCUUGCUUAAGGCCCGUGAGAAGGUCAAGCAGGCCGAGGCUGCCUUUGCCGAAGCCUCAUCGCACCUCGAGGUCGCCCAGUCCGCCCACACCGUCGCCAAGGAGAAGAAGGACAGGUUCGACGAGGAUGCGUUCAAGAAGCAGAAGAUGGAGGCGCUCAGGGCGUUUCUGGAGCAGGCCCUGCACCCGAAGAUGCCCGUGAAGUACUUGGUAAACUACAUACUUUGGGAGAUGAUGACCUUCGGAAGCUCGCCGACAGCACCAAG